UCACAAUCAAGAUGUUCACCGCCAUUGUGACUUUUCCAUUCAGUUCAUAUACGUCGUCGUCUCCCUCUCCCACCUUUGAUUCGAAUGAGAGACUCCCCGCAAGGCAAAAUGUUAGAAGAAUCGAACAGUCUGGAGCGUCAAACGUUUGGUAAUUUAAUGCAUUCAGCACCACCGGACGAUGAUUUUUCCUUCCGGAACAGCGCGAGUUCUGCGCCUAGUCCGGCUCACAAUGGCGAUGCUUCUCCUUACAUCGGCACGUGGGAAGGGGCAUCAUCUCCAUAUACCAAGUCUCCAUGGUCCUCUCAUGUAGUACCACCUUCCAAUGGGAAUCACUAUCCCAAUGGCCUCAUGGGAUCGCUUGUUCGGGAAGAGGGUCAUAUAUAUUCAUUGGCUACUUCUGGUGAUUUAUUGUAUACUGGGUCUGAUAGCAAGAACAUUCGCGUGUGGAAGAAUCAGAAAGAGUUUUCUGGGUUCAAAUCUAACAGCGGACUGGUUAAAGCUAUUAUUAUCUCGGGCGAGAAAAUCUUUACGGGUCAUCAAGAUGGUAAAAUUCGUGUCUGGAAGGUUUCAGCCAAGAAUCCAAGCGUCCACAAGCGCGUUGGAACCCUACCAACUUUCAGAGAUUACAUCAGGAGCUCCAUGAAUCCGAGCAAUUACGUUGAAGUGAGACGGCAUCGUAAUGCACUCUGGAUCAAGCAUUUCGAUGCCAUCUCAUCUCUCAGCUUGAGUGAAGAUAAAAAAUUCCUAUACUCGGCCUCUUGGGACAAAACCAUAAAAGUGUGGAGAAUCUCUGACUCCAAAUGCUUGGAGUCCGUGAAUGUCCAUGACGAUGCUGUAAAUGCCGUCGUAGCCGGCUUCGACGGGUUAGUAUUUACCGGUUCAGCCGAUGGCAGCGUCAAAGUAUGGAGGAGAGAGUUACAAGCAAAGGGAACAAAGCAUUUCUUCUCGCAAACACUGCUGAAGCAAGAAUGCGCUGUAACGGCAUUAGCCGUUAAUCCAGAGGCGACCUUCCUCUACUGUGGCUCAUCCGAUGGUCUUGUCAAUUUCUGGGAACGAGAGAAGCAUCUCUCUCACGGCGGAAUCCUGAGAGGCCAUAAACUUGCAGUCCUCUGCUUGGUGGCAGCUGGAAACCUUGUUUUCAGCGGAUCAGCUGAUAUGGGCAUAUGCGUGUGGAGAAGAUUGGAGGGAGACCAUUCGUGCCUAGCGGUGUUGACUGGCCAUAACGGGCCCGUGAAGUGCUUAGCCAUUGAAGACGACAUCGAAUCGACGGCAGCAGAUAGGCGGUGGAUUCUGUACAGCGGCAGUCUAGACAAGUCGGUGAAGAUGUGGAGAGUAUCAGAGCUAGCACCACCUCAUUUGCAGCAAAUAGAUUCGAUAAAGCGCCGACAGAUAGAAGGGCUUUCAUCGCCGAGCCCAUCGCCGUCGACUCAGUCUCAGAGCUUCUCUCCUCAGGGCAGAAGGUGAUGGUAUACACGUGUCUAGAUCCUAAUGGUGCCACUUACUCGUGAAACAGAAGCUAAAUCUUCAUUGAAAAUCCAAAGCGUGGAUAGGGACUUUGUUGGUUGUAAAUACACUUGUACCUUCAUCCGGAUUUCCUUUUGACAAUUGUUACAUGGUGAUUCAGUGAUUACUGUUACGUUCAUUUAAAAAAAAUCCAUUUAUAAAAUAUGCAUGUUGAAAAUAAA